AUGGAAAGUCAGUUCUGCCUCCAAAGAAUGCCCAACGUCUCCACAAUGGUGGCCGCCUCCUGGUUCAACGGAGUGCUGUAUGGGGUCUGGUUUGCAGCUUCGUCUUUCUCCCUGAGCUUCUGUGGGUCCAACGUCGUCCAGCAGUUCUUCUGUGACGUCCCCUCCCUGCUGAAGAUCUCCUGCUCAGAAGACCACGUCGCCAUCAAUGUGAGCGUCACCGGUGGGGUAGCUUUAGGUGUCGUCUGCUUCGUCUUCAUCAUCAUCUCCUACGUGCGCAUCUUCCAUGCCGUGCUGAAGAUGCCGGCUUCCGAGAGCCGGGCCAAAGCCUUCUCUACCUGCCUGCCUCACCUCGCCGUCGUCACCGUCUUCCUCUCUACUGGAUCGUUUGACCAUCUCAAGCCCGUGUCAGACUCCCCCUCGACCCUGGACCUGCUGAUGUCCGUGUUCUACACCGUAGUGCCCCCCGAUAAUGCACUCAAAGAUUAUUUUAAAUCCAAUAACUGUCACCUUUCCAUAGAGCAACACGAGCAAAUGUCCUCUCCGACCUUCUCCCUGUCCUUCCGCGUGUCCAACGUCUUCCAGUAG